GAGAAAAGAGGAGGAGAAAGCGAGAGGCAGCGAGGGAAAGAGAGGUAAUAUUAGGAGAUACUAUGAGAGAGUGAGGAGUGAGGAGGAGAGAAAGGGUAGAAAGACACAGGAUAGAGGGAUAAAGGUUGAUAAGGCUGCACCAGAGAGCCGGUUACAGAGGAGAGGAAGAGAGGAAGAGUGGAGCUGUAUCCUCUCUCAGGUCCCAACGGUGUGAUUCUGCAGCUUCUCAUCCUGCCACUGACUGGCUUACCCAAAACAGAUGAUGUCAUCAGAGCACCUGACCUGCGGUUGGCUGCAGCAGCUGCUCAUUGUCCUUCUGAAGCUUUGCCUCACUUUUGCCGGGCCUUUGCGACCACUCAAUGGGACCGAAUGUACAGCCAAGGGCCCUGCUUCCUACAUCCUGGUCUUUACAGGUCACUGGAGCCCACAUGCCUUCCCCAAGCAGUACCCUCUGUUCCGGCCACCUGCACAGUGGUCCAAACUCAUAGCGGUAAGCCAUAAUCGCCAUUUUCGGCUGUGGGAGGAGGGUGCUCCAGCCAGUGCAGGGGUGCAGAACUUUUCUGAAAUCGGGGUGACGGUGGAACUGAUGAAGGCGGCGAAGGAGGCCAGAAAGAGGCGUGCGGUCAGCGGCAUGUAUCGAACUGCCGGCAUCCCUAACGGCAUCGGGCACAGCUCCACAGAGUUGCUCACUCAGCCUCGAAACUCACUGUUGUCCCUGAUGGUGAAGAUCAUCCCCAGCCCCGACUGGUUUGUCGGUGUGGACAGCCUUAACCUCUGCGAAGGCAGCCAGUGGAAACAGGAAGUGACUGUUGACCUCCAGCCUUAUGAUGCAGGAACUGACAGUGGAUUCACUUUCUCUUCUCCAAACUUCCCCACCAUCCCCCAAGAAAACAUCACAAAGAUCACAUCUGAGAUGCCCAACCAUCCAGCCAACUCCUUUUACUAUCCACGUUUAAAGGACCUUCCACCUAUAGCCAGCAUAAAGAUCACGCGACAGAGAAGAUCAUCUGACCGUCAAACCCCAAUGUCCAAUCAUAUUCUGCCAAACUCUAUCAUUCCCCGGCACUUCUCAGCGACACCAUUGGACUGUGAAGUGUCUCUCUGGUCAUCCUGGGGCUUGUGUCUUGGUUCCUGCUCCAGAGGUGGUGUCCGCCACCGCACACGGUACAUCCUCUUGCGGCCGGCCAAUGCUGGCGUCCCCUGCCCGGAGAUGGAGGAACAGACUACAUGUGUAUCACAGAGCUGUAUGAGACUCCAGUAACACACAAGCACAGAUACUGCCAGUACUCAACACUGGGACUCUCACAUUAUGACUAUUGGACUGAGAAAUAUUGCUGCAAUCUUGAGCAUUUCCUUGUUAAUGCAAAGAUGUUUGUCAUAGUCAAAUUGUGGAAAUGAAAGACUUGCUGCUCACUAGUAUUAGAUUUCCUUUGGGUGUGUUUUAAUGGCACUAAAAGGACAUUGAAGUCAGAGUGUAGCAGAGCAUUAGGAAGUUAUGUUUGAGAUAACACUUUAAAUGUGAUCAGAUAAAAAGCCACUUCCAUAAAUGGUUGUGAUUCAAAUAGAACAUUUUAGAGGACAAAUGCUCCUCCUCAAAGACCUGUUUGAGACUUAUUGUGGUUCCUCCUUAAAAACAUUUGCAUUUAAUCUGUACACUGAUACUGGCACACCAGAGUCACAAAUCGUUCACACACUCUUACAUGUAGGCACACAAAGGUCCUUGCACAUGCUUACUUUUAAAGGCACAGGGGCAUAAGUUGUCUUAGAGAACCUAUACAUGCUUGGCACAUGUAGCUCUUUCAAAAUAACCUCACACCCAAGUUUUUAAAUAUCGGCCUUUACAAGAAACACAUAAUAGCUGACUUGAACUUUUGAGCUAGUCCAAAGACGCUGUCAUAUUUUGUAUUAUUUUAAGAAAGGUUUUUAUAGAAAGAAAGAAAAAUAUUUGUAUUAUCGUCUCUUUUGAUAUUUUAAUGUUGAGAUUUUGUAUAUACUGUAUGAUGUAUCUCUACUUGUAUAACGGGUGAAUAAAUAUGGAAGUGUGUUUUUCACAUAAAAAAUUCCAUGUAACCUGUAUGGCUUUUCAGUUGGAAAAUGUUAUUAUUUAAAGCAAGUGUCUUUAUUUAAAACUCUUAUGAGACCAAAAAAUAUUCCUGAUUUGCAAUCCUAAAAGACAAAGUCAAUUUAUUUGUGUAUGCCAGAGAAUUAUUAGACUAGAAUUGACACUUCUUUAUUUGUGUCCAAAGAACUCAAAGCCAAAACGUAAGUAAGUACACAGCCAUAAAUAUCAUGGUGGGAAAAGGGUACGAUGCAUUGCAUUCACCAAAAUAGAAGUUGCAGUUCUACAUAUUUAUAGAUGAAAAUGAGUUCAGUUGUACUCCAAAAUAUCUCUCAUACUAAACUUUGAAAACUCGGUGCUUCGUGGUCCCAGGCUAAUAUAUGUACGUAUUUGGAUGUUUAAUAAAGGAGUGUAGAUAUUAACCUUUUCUUUAUGGAUAAAUUCACUCUGGCAGAACAUCCCUAGAAAUACUCCUAACUGCAUUGCAUUGAUGUGUGUGGGGCUGUAGCAUCUCCUAGGGGUCAUACACGAGAAUGACUACUAAUAAAACUUAAUUAUUAAAUAAUAAACAGACAAUCUGCUUUGUUCAGCAGUGUGAAACUUCUAGCCAAGAUCACUUUAAUUAUAAGGAAAUACAAAGAUUAUGUAAACACUUUGACAUAGAUCUUUAAAAGAUGGCAAAUUUUGUAUUGUGUAUUCAUGAUAAAUAAUGUGUACUAAUGAAAUGCUGAAUGUGCAAAGUCAAUAAUAUUUGCAUUAAACAUGUUAUAAAAGAAAGGCUGAAUAUUUGGGGGAUUCAAAUUGCUGUGA